AUGCCACUAGCUUCAUUUCUCUACUUGACACCUUUACGGGUGUUGAAGAGUCUGGCUGGUAAAAUUGAGUGGGUGAUCAAAAAUCUGGUAGAUUACCUUAUCACUGAUGAUGGUGGAAGAGACAAUCAAAAAAUGGGCGUAAAGGAUGAGAGUGGCCCAAAACAAACUUUUAAAAACCCAGAGGGCGUGCGUUCACUUUUCCCGAGGGCCAACAACGUGGAUACCUCGCUGGAUCGGGGUUUGGGUCCUGUUCCCUGUGCCCUGGAUCUUUCGACGCUUCAAAGUCCAAUGUCAAUGGUUAAAACCCCGGAGGGCCACUUUGAGUGGCGGCUGUCCGAGGUUCCAAUGAAAUCGGAACAGUCCAAACUCGAUGCUGCUUCGGGAACCGUCUCUCCCACAAGCAAUUUUACUCCGAAAUCAACGAAUGGUGAAAAUGGGUCUUCAAGUGAGGCCGAUGCAAAAAGGUUCAUCUGUCACAUCUGCCACGCCGAAUUCACUGUAAGAGGCUACUUGACGCGUCACAUCAAGAAACACGCGGUCGAAAAGGCAUACCAGUGCCCUUUCUACAAAAGCAACGUACCUAAAGAAGAACGCUGUCACAGACACGGUGGAUUUUCCAGAAGAGACACGUUCAAAACGCAUCUCAGGUCAAGACAUUUCGUGUAUCCCAAGGGUAUUAAGAGCCAGGAUAAGGCAAAAAGCUCAGGACACUGUUUACACUGUAACACUUUUUUCCAAGACACCGACGAUUGGAUCAGAAACCACGUCGAAAAAGGUGAGUGUAAGGGACUUCCGGAGGGCUUCAAAGUCGUUGCGAAAACUGGCCGGAAAUCAGGCAAACUGAAGAUGAUCACCACGGCUGAUGGUCAGUCACGGUUCAUAUCCACCGACCAAGCCUCAGUCAAGCCACGGGUGGCUGGCAAAAAGGCGCGCACUAAUACCACAGCUGCAUCGAUCGAUAGUCCAGGGUAUCUACAGGGGGUGGAUCAAAUACGACAUCUUGCGUCAACGACUAAUGACCGUGAAGCAAACUUGAAAUAUGAAGACUCAGUAGGGAAUGUUGCACCAACUGCAAAAAACCGGCAUUUGGACAGAAUAAGUCCAGGCCGUUCCGAUGGCCCCAGUCCUGUCGUUACCGGCCAGCAGCUACAUCCCGAGCCCCACUAUGCAUUCAACUACUUCACACCUCCUAAAACGACCCCGCUGGAUGAGGCCUAUUUUUCUGUGGAUCCAUCGCCUACGGAUGACGCCGGUCUUGAAACCGUCAAGUCUACGUCGUCGGCAUCGUCUCGCAUUUCGUUUCAUGAGGGACAAGAGAAAUCGUUAGGCAUGAACGGCAACGGCAAUGCUCCUCCCUCGCUGUGUGCUCAUGCGCCUAGCCAGGAUCAGAGUGCUUUUUUCCAAUUUCCGCUAGAUUUCGAUCAAUGUCCGAUGAGCUUUUUGGAUUCCGGAACCCAUCAGCCUGCAUCUCAGACGCAAAACGGGUCGAAUGAUGUCACUGCGCUCAGCAUGGAGAUGACAUCGCAGCUGCAUGACCUCAUGGACAAGCAAAUGGAGGUGUCUGCUCUGAGUGAGAAGAAUCUGCGAGAAAAUCAGCAGUAUUUGAAUUUUUACAAUCACACAUUCAAUUCUCAUUUGUGA